AGAGAGGAUAACACAACACAACACGCUGACGCUGCUGAUGCGAGUGAGAUAACGAGAUGCUUAUGUAUUUUUAGGCUCUUCUCGUGAAGCUGUGUCCAAAUAGGCGUAGGCUUCUGCUUCUCCUUCUCCUUCUCCAGGUGAGUGAGGAGAGAAUGGAGGCGCGGGCGAUGCCGCCGCCGACGCGGACGCGGCGAGGCGUCACGCUCGCCGAGCAGAUGGCCGCGUCGUCCAACCUCCGCGACCUCCUCAAGCUCCGCGACAACGACGACGACGACGACGACGGCGGCGGGCAAGGUGGUCGCCGCCAGCCGCGGCCGCUGCCCGACGCGGUGGUGGUGGCGGCGGGGCGGCGACGCACGCUGCUCGACGUCAUCCGCGGCGUCGACGACGACGAUGGCCACGACCACCCGCCCACCGGCGUCCUUGAGGGACACCGCCCCGCGACGUCGACGAGGACGGCGGCGGCGGGGGGAGCGCGGGGCGGGAGGGUGUCGCUGAUGGCGCUGCUGGAGCAGGCGGAGCGGCAGUGGACGACGGCCGCCGCCGGGGACGCCAGCCGGAGGCGCGUCGCGGACGACCACGCGGCGGCGGCGGAGGCGGGCACGAACAAGGGCUUCGCCGGCGCCGCCGCCGGCGUGGGAGGGCGGUGCUGCGUGUGCAUGGCGCGCGGCAAGGCCGCGGCGUUCAUCCCCUGCGGCCACACCUUCUGCCGCGCCUGCGCCCGCGAGCUCCGAGUCGGCCGCGGCCGCUGCCCGCUCUGCAACGCCGCCAUCCACGACGUCCUCAACCUCUUCUGAUGUCACCAUCUCCGCCGCCGGCGACGACGCCGCCACCAUUAAUUCCGUCGACCCAAUACACCAUUGCUGUAAUGUACUUGUAGAUAAAAAAAAGGUUCUACUACUUCUUGGCUUCUUGGCAACUGCAAAUCAUAUCAAAGAAUUCUCAGAGCAUCACCUGUUCAUCAAUCACCCACCCGUGCUACACAACCAAUCGCGCGAUUCUUGGAUCGAUCGAAUAACCCUCUGUUCCUCCAUGGCAGCAACGAUCCGCAGAUCCCGGCACAAGUGCUUUGCUGCUGAUUAGUAAUUACGUUUGCAGCCACGCGAGUGAUUGAAGAUUAAGUUGGCGCAUGUAAUUAGCACAUAAUUAAUUAAAUUUUAAUUAUUAUAAACUUGAUAAAUGAGUGUAUUUGAUUUUU